AUGGUUAGGCAUUCGCCGGUGGGGCGUCGGCCGGGUCACGCGCGUCUUGCACCGCCGUUUCACGGGUAUCCGAUGUCAAAGGCGGCAUUUCGGUCUGCUGGUAAACAUCUGGCGGAUAAUUUGGGCGAUUUCGAUGUUAUUAACGUGCACCGCAUCGUUGGCGAUUCGGCACGGGCCGCGGCAUCAGACGAGAAAAGAAGGAAACUCCAGAAGAAAGAAGAAAACACCAGAACAUUCCGCGGCCCGUGCGUAGGGGCAAUUCCGCGCCGGGCUAACGAUCGGCCCCGCAUUGAUAUAAAUCGCACCGACACGCGUCCUAACUACACCGCGGACCGUGUGGGCUCUGCACCAAGAUACGUGACGGGCAGCGGGAGACUCGAAGCUGACAGUCCACCGGCCAUCACAUUCAAUAACCUCGGCCUAACGACCAUGCGCAAAAAACCACACCGCGCCCGCUCUCAGGAAGUCGGGAACAACGAUAAAAAACAAACACGCCGCGCCGGCCCAAAU